AUGAAAACAAUACCAACAAGAAAAAGGUGUAAACUUUUCAGAAUGGACCCAGAUUUUGAAGAUAUGAUAAAGAGGUUAUUGUGUGUCCAAACUUUUCACACAAGGAUUGGAGGAGAUUUAACACCAGGAAUAAUAAACAAAGGGAGACCAGCUAAUGCAGAGCAGAUGGGCCUUCAGGGCAGUGCUAAACAUUUCAACAUCUUCCCCUUGGACCUUUGGACUCAAGAUGACUGAAUGCUGGUUUCUUUAGUUAGAACUAAAGUUAAUGCAAUUGAGGAAACCAUAAAUAUGGCUGGUUUAAUUUAUGGGGUGGUUGGUGGACUAAAGUUCUCAAGAAGCUGUAUGUGGCAGGCAUUUGACAUUCGCUAA